UAUCUUUUACUGUGUAUUUCAACAGCAGAUACACAGAGAAUGUGUCCUGUGUUGCUAUUGGUGGCUGUAAUAGUAGUGGGCGUGGCCAGAGUAGCUGAAAGUCAAUGCUGGGACCAUCCCGUCUGUCAGGAGGUCAACUCAGAGAGGAGCAUGAUGGAGUGUAUUCAGCUUUGCCACUUUGAAAACAACGAGAAGCCCAUCACCCCUGGUGAUGCCCACCUGCAGCCUCCUCCCCCAUCGGGCCCUCUUUCUCUUUUACCUUUCCCUCCGCCCUUCUUCUCCUCUCCUCAGGCCAAACGCUCCUACUCCAUGGAGCAUUUCCGCUGGGGCAAGCCUGUUGGGCGAAAACGCCGCCCGAUUAAAAUCUAUACCACCAACGGUCUGGAGGAGGAGUCGGCGGAGCUUUUCCCCGGUGAGAUGAAAAAGCGGGAGCUCACUGGUGAGAUGAUGACGAUGGACAAUAACGAGGGGAAGUUAGCAGAUGGGGGGCAGGAGGAGGUCCCAGAUGACAGCCAUGAGAAAAAAGAUGAAAUGUACAAGAUGAAGCACUUUCGCUGGGGCGGCCUGCCGGCAAGCAAGCGUUACGGCGGGUUCAUGAAGAGCUGGGACGAGCGCAGCCAGAGGCCGCUGAUCACGCUCUUCAAAAACGUCAUCAACAAAGAAGCCCAGGAGGAGAAGAGGGAGCAGUGAGGAGGGAGGAAAGAGGGAGGGAUGGAGAGAAGACGAGCAGACAGAAAAGUUUUAUUCAUAACUGCAAACAAGUCCUGUGACUAAAUACAAGAUGUGUUUUUGUCAUUGCCACAUUAUGACAGGGUUAUUAAUCCAUGAGCGCCUCAUGAUGUAAUACGUCCAUGAGCAGGAAAUAUGAAACUAUUUGAAUACCCCAGUUUUCCAAGUUCUUGAAUAUUUUGAUUCAAAACACAGAAACCACCAAAUAUUAACAGAUCCAAUGAGCCUUUCUGUACAAAACAACAUUGGGGUUGCUUUUCAUUUGUUUUAGCUGAAUAACCAACAAGGAGAGAAAAGAACAAAGGGAAAGAGAGUGGUCAGGUCACUCAGGCUAAUAAAGUUUUCUUAUUCAGGGGUAAACAAGGAACAUUAUCUUUCCCAUCAUGUUUGUAAGUCCCUACCUGCCAAACCAUUUGAUAUACUGGACCUAACACAGAGUUCUCGAUGCUUCAGAGGAGUCAGAACUGUCAUUGAGAUCAUGACACUGCUGCCACUGUCCACUGUCAUUAUAA